AUGGGCGUCAGGAGGCUCCGGGUCAGAAGCAGGAGGAGCCGGGACAGCCCGGUGUCCACCCAGUGCAAUCAGACUGAGUGUUUCGACCCUCUGGUGCGAAACUGCGUGUCCUGUGAGCUCUUCUACACGCCGGAAACUAGACAUGCAAGCAGCCUGGAGCCCGGGACAGCUCUGCAGCCUCAGGAGGGCUCCGGGCUGAGACCCGAUGUGGCGCUGCUCUUCGGUGCCCCCGCGCUCCUGGGACUGGUGCUGGCACUGACCCUGGUGGGUCUGGUGAGUCUGGUGGGCUGGAGGUGGCGGCAACAGCGCAGGACAGCCUCCUUGGACACUUCCGAAGGAGUCCAGCAAGAGUCCCUGGAAAAUGUCUUUGUACCCCCCUCGGAAACCCUUCAUGCCUCAGCUCCUAACUGGCCUCCACUCAAAGAAGACACAGACAACGUCCUGUCGUGCCACAGCAUCCCAGUGCCAGCCACAGAACUGGGCUCCACUGAGCUGGUGACCACCAAGACAGCUGGCCCUGAGCAGUAGCAGCAGCGGAGAAGCCCAGGGAGCCCUACU